CUUCUAGCACCUAGAAGCAACAACUAGGGACUUACGUAAGCUGCUCUUUCUCUGCUCCUCUAACUCUCUUCAUUGAAUGCACAUCCCUGCAUGCUUGUAGAUGUUUAUUCCUCACUGAGAACAAGUCCAAGUUGUGCUGCUUGUAUUAAAAACAACAUUAACAUCCUAGAUACAGCAAGGAGGACUCUACUCCUGUUUACACUCCUGUGAACAACGAGCAGACAAGAUGGUGAAAAAGGUGAUCUCUGUGGUAGCGAAGGCGUCGCUCAUUGCCGUAGCUGUAGAAGCAAAGCUCACUUUAUGAACUAUAUUGAAUACUUAUUUUAAGACCCAACAUGUCUCCUUGAAAAUGUCUAUGAUUAAUAUAUAUUAAUAACAAUGUUUGUCUUACCGUUAUAACACCCUUACCCCCCUUAAACCCACCUCCUUUGAACCGUUACGCAGACCCUUAUGACCCUUACGCCCCCCCCCCUUGUGAUACCCUUUGGGACCCUUAUGACACCCUUACAAGCCCCUCCUUACAGCCUGCCCUUAUGAUGCAGGCCACCCCUUACGAUUUCUCCUCCCCCUUUGCGACCCCCUUACAAGUUGGCACCUCUCUUCAACCUCUUCACCGUGGAACUCCGCAAAGUGCGCGCACUCCUUCGCACUCACUGCCAGCGCCUCUCCCUGAUGGUGUUCGGCAUGUCGCGCCUUUUGGUCAUCACCUCACGCCGCUUUCCCGUGGAAGUUGUCAGCUUUGGGAUCAUGAUCGACAAGAGACGCAGAGCGUAGCAGAGUGCGCGCCGGUCUACCUUGCAAGAGGGCCGCGCCCUAUCGUGGUUCCCUGGUCUCUCUCUAUCUGCUUUUACGGUAAAGAUAGAAGAACAACCAAGAGGAAGAAGAUGGCGCACCUUCAAGGUGGUCAUGGGUUGCGUGCGUGUCUCACAUGUGGAGACUUGGGGCCUGGCUGCUGGUUCGAUUUGGACGAUGCUACUGGCAACACUUGCCGCCGCAUGUCUGACAGAUGGGCAACCGAUGGGGCGGGCCGUGUGCCUGUCGUCCGGAAUGUGCUACCUGCUAUUGAUUGGGCGCCUGUUCAGUGUGCGCCUUGUGGUUGCUGGCUCUUUGCAGAGGCGGCGCGCCUCUUCCACCACACCCCAGCGCCUCGAUGCUGUUGCGCCGGUGUCUGUAGGAAGUGCCCGCCUCUCUUUCCCGAGUGAUGCUGUUGCUGGUGUUGCGGGUCAAGGAGGAGAGCCUCCUCCUGGCGCUGUUCUUGCUGCAAACGGAGCACCAGGCGAAAGAGGUGCGGAAGGAGGGAAAGCCAAGGGCAAAAAAGGCCGCGGGGGGAAGGCAAAGGCCAAAGGCAAAGCGAAGGCCAAGGUGAAGGCGCGCGCUGCGCCACAGAAUAACAGGGCCGACAGACGUGCCCCAUCCUUUUGCAUUUUCUUCACCGGAUCCCUCUUCUUCUGCGGCGUGCCCUUUCCAUUUUCUUCAGCGAAUGGCGAGCCAUGCGUUGCUCUGUCCUUUCCCGCACUUUAUUUUGAAACGCCGUCCCCUCGUGCGCAUGUGGCAUUCCCCCCCCACGACCGGACUGACCCUACUCAAUUUCGCAAACAGUCCGUAGCCCUCUGCUAGACCCGCCUGGCGCGCGGCUCUUUUUUUUCAGCCUCAUGGGGUUCGCUCCCUACUACCCACGAUCUUUCUGUAUCUCUAUCUCAAUGCACCCAGCACGCACCGCACUAGUUCAAGAACUGUCUACAACGCGACGAACACUGUGAGGCUCCUCAAUCUCAAUGAAGGUAGUGACGAAAACCGAUAACGUGGCUAUUCAUAUUCCUAGGAGGUCGUAAUUAUGGUAUAGUAAAUAUACUUCUACAACUAGUUUCAUCUUAACACCAAUGAUUGAGGAUAACGAUAAUCAUUUGACGUGCACUGAUAGUACUACAUUCAUUCUAUUAUUCGAGAAUUUUAGUUCUGUCAUUCAAAUCUAUCAUUCUACUCUAUUCUAUGUGGAUAACCGGCUAUCCUUCUCCUAAUAAAUAAUAACACCUCUAGGAUGGAGCUGAAAGUAAUGGAAGUCGUCUAAUAUAAUUGGAGGAAAAGGAAGGGCAAGGUACUCGCCGCCGCUUUCGAAAGGUGAACACGCAAACGAAACGGCAAAAACGUAUAUUCGACUAUCCAUACGCACGAUGCAGUGACAUUGGCUUGAAAUUAUGACCAGAGGAGCUCCUUCUCAAUGAUUUACUAGGUCUCUAGAAGUCACUUCAAGUGCCUCUUGAAAGAUCUAUUCGAAAAGUGAAAAUAUGCGAGUAGCUAGAUGAAAUAACAGAGUCAGUACGCUGCUCUUCUUUCAGUUUAUUCUCAGUUAUUCGAAGGGCAGCUACUUGCUUAUUUCAGUUUAUCGAAUAAUAAAUUGUAUCACUCAGAGUAGUACCAGUAGUGUAAGUACACAAUUAUCGUUAUCGUGGAGUGUAGAAGAUGCUUCACUUUUUUAGUUAUAAGUUGUUGUUCUCUAUGACCCUCUAAUACGAGACUUGGGCCUUUACUAUUGCGGUGGCGGGGAGAACGUGAAGACCUUUUAUGAAGACAUGGACAUUCUCACAUUGAAACAAACAUCUUGAAAAAACCGAAGUUAAUGUUUAUCGCCAAAGCUUAUGUUAAACAGACAUCAUGUUGGCUUAGCUCAAAUGAUAAAUAGUAGAAACCCGUCCUCCACCCUUAGGUUUUUAUUUGACUAUACUCCGAAGGUAAGCUUUUUGAUACUAGGUGUGCACUCUAGCAUAUUCAAGCACUGAGUUGGCUGCGUCAAAGCUUAUAUGGAUAGAUCCUCACAUAGGGAAAUGCAAACAGAAGAAAGCCACAAAAUAGCCCCCCCUCUACCCAAUGCACCACAAUUAAAUACUGGAACACCACCUCGUGCUAGGUAAAUGAAUGAAUGAAUGACUGAGUCAGCCCGAAGUAUCUAUAUUGUGAGGUACCCGAUACAGAGAUGUAACAUUUUUAGCGAUCAUCUGCAUGAUAGUGUUGGGCGUCGGCCACUAGUAACUUCUCCUUUUUGCCUGCUACUAUUACUCCUACUGCUGUGUGUACAUCUGUAGUGGUGUAAAAGGAAUUUUAUUUUCAUUUUUUGUAGCGGUAGCCAGAAGUGGCAAAUUGAGCUUUGUCAGACCUCGAUGACACUGAGACAACAAUCAAAAAGGGCUGACUUUCUCCGCUCUCAUCUGGAAAAAUGCAGAGGAAAAAGAAUAGAGGAAUGAAGGGGAAAAUGCAUAACUAAUUAAAGCUGUCUGUAAUACCCCACGAAUGGGUACACUACUACUACUACUGCUAGCCACUACAACUACUACGUCGACCAAUACUAGUACGACACUAUGUAUUCUUAAUCCAAGAACUACUGCUGCCCAGGAGCUGAAAGACAAAGAGCUAGACCUCGGGUCCCCAGAAAGGCCUCCUACGACUAGCACUACUAAGUUGCUACUACUAAAGAACUAUUCCCACUACUCCUGCUGCCCAGGUGAAAACACUGAAAGACAGAGAGCUAGACCUCUUCCCCAGAAAGAGCUAGAGUUCUUGUGACGUAACCUUUUUUUGUAGCUACUAGUACUACUAUCUUAUCCUUCUAUCCUACUGAGCCAACUCAUAUCCUAUCCUACUAGUACAUGCACAACUAGUAAGUGCCACUUCUACGAAGACACUCACACUUACUUCUGAUACUGUUCUGGGUGGUCGGUGUAAUUGUAUUUCCCCAGAAAGAGCUAGAAGUAUCUUCUUCUAGUUUAUGACUAAACUUUUCUCACUAUCAGAACUAGUUUCUACGCAAAAAAAAAAAUAGUUCUACGGUUGCUACGGACAGCACUAUCAGAGACGCACGCUUGACAUCUAAUAUGCGGCGAUGGAUAAACAUAAAAGCGGGGCGGAGGUGGACUUAGGAAAGCUCCCGGAAGAAUACGCCAAGCUGGAAAGCUAUGGAAUUACCUUUCCUAACAUAUCCCCAUCCUGUUCUGUUCUAUCCUAUCCUGCCCGAUUCUAUCCGCUAGACAGCUCUGCCUAUCCCUAAUAUCCUCGAGAUACUUCUUCUAAGACACGGAGCGCAAAGCUCUUGCCUCUGGCGCCGCGUCGUACAAAGACGAAGCCAAAAAGGCAAAAGCCUACAAAAACUUGCAGGAGGUGUCGGAGAAGUCUCGUCGGAUUUACGUGAACAGCAACUUCUACUGGAUUAUAAAGCACUUAUACCCCCGACUUGUGGGUACACUACUGAUACUACCAUCACCUGUGCAUCUCAAAUGGUCGUCACUAACCAUCGAUAAGAUACUAAUACUACUAUACAAUGGCAGCUAAGUAAGAGAGAAUAGCCUAUUACUAUUACAGUG